CAAGCUCUUACACACACCCACACCCACACACACAUGCAUACACACGCGUACACACUCAUAAAUUCACACACGCUCGUUCUGGCUCUGUCCCAGCUGCAGUAAACAUAAAUAUCGUCAUAAGCUUCUUAAGAACUUCUGAGGAAAAGGCAAGAGGCGAAGCUUCUGCACUUCCAUUCAGACCACAGAUUCUGUGUGAUAACAGUUCAGCUAAGAGAUCCAGUCAUGGCUCCCAACUGCUCCAACCUGUCGUCUCCCACGCCCUCCUUGGUCUUCGCCUCGCUUUACUCCGUGGUCUUUGUGGCUGGCCUGGUCCUAAACUUCUUGGCGGCGUGGGUCUUCUUCCAGAUCUGCUCCAAGAAAAAGACCUUCAUGCUGUACCUGAGAAACAUGGUGGCGGCAGACCUGCUCAUGACCCUCACCCUGCCGGUCACCAUCCUCACUGAGGCCGGUGUGGGGCCGUGGUGGCUUCCGGUGCUGGCCUGUCGCUGCACAGCCGUGAUCUUCUACACCUGCAUGUACGCCAACAUCCUCUUCCUGGGCCUGGUGGCUCUGGAUCGCUACCUGAAGAUUGUCCGUCCAUUUGGAGGCAAGUGCGGGGAUUGCCUCUACAGCUACUCCUUCACUCUAGCCAUGGCUGCUAUGGUGUGGGUGGCCAUGAUAGCGAUAUCCCUCCCCAACGCCAUACUGACCAACAAAGAACCAACGGAGGGAACGGCGCAUACCUGCAAAUGUCUAAAGAGUGACCUAGGCAUAGGUUGGCAUGGUGUGGUGGUCUACACCAACAUUGUGAUCUUCUUCACGGUGUUGAUCACCCUCGUAACGUGCUACGUGUCCAUCUUCAAGCACAUCCUCCUCUCCUCCGCCCAGUUUGUGAACGGGGGACCAGCAGGCCAGAGGGACAGCAAGUCUGGACACAACAUUCUGGUGCUUCUGGUGGUGUUUUUCAUCUGCUUUGUGCCAUAUCACCUGUGGAGAGUCCCGUUCACCUUCAGCCAAACUCACAAUCCUUAUUCGAAGGAAGUGGCGAACAUACUGCUGGAUGGGAAAAAGGCCACGCUCUUUUUGUCUUCCUGCAACGUAUGCCUGGACCCCAUCAUUUACUUCCUUAUGUGCAAGUCUUUUCGAGGCAAGCUUGCUCAAACUCUGGGACUUAAAUCACUGAUACAGAAAACCAUCUACUCCCCUGUGUCUGAGAGGAAACAGAUAGUGAUGCGUUUCAAGGAAAACGGAUCAUCAUCCUCUUCAUCGUAGCACAAAUGUGUAUCCUCAUGCAAAAUAAUAGACAAUAUCUGUAGAUAAGAGCAUAUUUUGGUCAUGAUCUGGCAGCUGUGUAUUAUAUGUAUAUACUGUACCCUAUUUAUCCUAUGAACUAUUUACAUUAUUACGUUUGAAGCUAUCAUUUACCUAAUUUAUAUAUCUGAUGUUUCCUUAUAUAGCAAUUUAACAUUUAUCAUGGACCAUUUUUUUACUCUGAGAAGUUUGAUAAAUAUAAGAUGCUGUUUGGACAAAAGUAUUGGCACAUUUGCUCAUUUAUUGUUUCUACUGCUUUUGUUGGAAUAUCUGUCUCUGUAUACUGUCAUUGUAAGGAUUUGAUUGCAUUCAGUGACAAGAAUAUUUAGCAUAAGCAAUGUCAGGAUGUUGAAAAACACCAUCUUACCAGUCAAUUCUACUGCCAAUUAUUCUCUACAAAUCUGUGUGCAUUUGCACAUCUGUGUCAGCAAUAUCUCAGCAAUGUUAGCAUUAUAAGCGUUAAGCAUUAGAAAUGCAUUCAUCCAUAGCAACUGUUGUGAGGUUGCUAUUGGCAAAAAGCUUUAUAAAAUACUAAAAUACCGGUUUAAAAUAAGGUUUGGCUGGUGGUGUGACUGUCUAAGUGCUAAGUCUCUGGGAUCAAUGGAAGAUUGUAAGAGACAGAGUUUAGGAAUAAAUCUACACUGAUGAGUGUGGUGGUCUGGAAAUGAGGUGUGUUCAGGUACAUUUCGGGCAUGUUUUUAUCUUGGCGAUGAGAAAUACAGGUGCGCCACUGACUAAUUUAAAUCCUGACAGCAGUCAACAGUCAGCCGCCUAAUUUUGUUUUAGCCAUGCAGAAGUGCCAUGUGCAAACCUGACUUUUUUCAAUAUCCUCUGCUGAGACCGGCAGAAGUGCUGCACUGUUAGAUAUCAAUCGGACUCUUAAAGUGAAAGACAAUUGGUUCAUUUCACGUAUUGUCUAAAACUCACCCAUGCAAAGAUUUUUUUUUGCAUCCUCAUGAUACCAAAGACACACCGACAAUGCCCUAAAUCCAUUUGCAUGAUACACAAUUGACCUAUAAGCUAUAGAUCACUACAAUAGGGCCCUGAGAGUCCAAAGUAGUAUGAUUGGUAUAAUCCUCCAAUCACUAGUGGAAUGCCAGCCUGUGUGGGCAUCUGUGGAAUGUAACAAAAUUAGCAGUAAGCAUUGUACUCUAUCUGCUUAAGCUGCUUAAGCUGCUUUAGAUCUAUUCACCAAAACAGCUGAAUUUAAAUUCACUUCAUUUAAAAUGCUAUGCUAACAAGCUGGACUAUACAGUUGUAAGUAUCUCCAUUCUCACACUGUAUGAAAGUUACUAAACAGCCCAUUGGUUAAUGCUAACAUGCUAGAAUCUAGAAGCUAGAAUUAGAAUUGAUUCAAAGAUGCUCACUAGUAAACACAUACUGUAUUGACCCAAAUAAAACACCCUGCAUUUCAUAAGCAUAUAAAGCUUCCACAUUUUGAGAAAACAUGGAAGAGUUCCUAUGAAAGAAUGUGAGGCUGGAGUUUGGAUGGCUCAGUGUGGUUUGUGUGGUCAGCGAUAUUAUAGCCUUAUUCAGAAAAAAAUUCUCUUUGGUUAAAAUGACUUAAAUAUUUAGCAUAUUUUAAAAGUGUGCAAAAUGUCCUCAUGUUGACAAAACUGGGAACAGUUGAUAUAAAAGAAUGCGUGUGUAACAAAAAUGUAGAUGGUUCUGUAUUUGUUUUCUGUGUGUAAAACCUUUAUUUUUAUAUAAUCAAAGCUUUUUUAUGUAUUUUGAACUUGUUUACAGUAGAUAAAGUGUCAAAGUUAAAUAUACUCAAAUAUGCACAACACAUAAAUACACAACACGCACUAACACACCACAAUCACUGUCAUACUACAAAAAUAAUGAUCCUAUUCAUUUUUGAUCUGUGAACCUGUGAACCCAAAACUGCUUUUAACAUAGAUCAUAUGUUUGUAGUAAUAAUAAAAAAAAUACACUACAUUUCUGUGAAAA